AUGGACUGUGAACUCCGGGGUAACGUAAACAGUCGCAUUGUCUACUACCUCAUGAACAUCAAUGUGGGCAAACGAACCAUCUACCUCGUUCGGUUUGCUCAAAAGCUGGGGAAAUUUGUGGAGGGUGAAGGACUUACUGAUCUCAAGGUGUGGACCAGCCAUUUCCGGCGUACUAUCCAGACUAGCGAUUUCAUUCAAUGCAGUCGCCUCGAGCACUGGAAAGCGCUUGAUGAGUUGGAUGCUUCUUACGAGGAUCUCGUUGCCCGUCUGGAACCCGUUAUCAUGGAACUCGAACGCCAAAGCUCCAUCAUGGUGAUCUGUCAUCAAGCUGUUGCCCGUUGUCUUCUUGCCUACUUUCUCGAGUUGGAUAAAGGUAUAUUGAUCUUCUUUUUUCCUGUACUUCGAUAUUUUUAUUACUACUAG